UUGCUUGGGAAACAACAGGACACCAACUCAUAGGAGGCUGCAUGCAUAGCACCGAGACCAAGCAAUCCCCUCAGAAGGGAGGCCCAAGUCUUCUGUGGCCCAGCCCCUGCUUUAGCACCAAGGAAAAUGCCUAAAAGCACUUCAACAUCAAAGCAACUGGCUUCAAUAAAAGCUUUGAAGAAGAGCUCAGAUCUGGAAAAAGCCAUUGCCACUGCUGCUCUGAUUUUCAGAAACGCAUCUGACCCUGAUGGUAAACUUGGAAAAGCAGCUGCAAAAAAUCUGCUGCAGGUUCAAUUUGGAAAUUUUACAAAGGGACAAGAAUCCAAGUCAACCUAUCAAGAGAUCCUCUCUGAACUUGAGGAACACACAGAAAACAAGCUUGAUUUUGAGGACUUCAUGAUUUUGCUACUAAGCAUCACUGUCACAUCAGAUCUACUGCAGAAUAUAUGGAGUACAAAAAGUGUGAAUUAAACAGCUUUCUGGAUGCAGUUAGAUAAAAUAGGGGAGAGACUCUUAAGUCAUUAAAAGGUUCUUCAUCUUGUUUGUAAUGAAUUACAUGUUGAUCACACAUCAGGGACAGCUCUGAUUGCUGAAAUUGAGGCACGGUACAACUCCAAUAGCUUACACAUACUCUUCAGAAAUGCGUGGCAUCUGGAAAUAUUUGAAUAAUAUGGUCUCCAUGCUUUACAGUGUGUCACUGGACACUGUUGAUGUUAGGUUGCUUUUACUGAAUCAGUAGUAACUUACACCACUUUUCUUACAGAUACUCAGCCACUCAUACGAUCGCUCAUUCACCUGAUGACAGCUUGUGAGCACCUCCCUGGUAACACCGUUACAGAAGCUGUAAUGAGUGGUAGGACAACGCCCUCCCUCAGAUACCCUUACAGAGCUCUGGCUGAGAGAGGAACCCUGAGCCAUAUCUAACCAAUUACAAAUACAGUAACAUUGCAAUGGCGAUAAUGGUUUCAGGAUGCUGAAAGAGUUUAUCUUCUGACUUGGGUUCAAAGGUCAGAGACACUUUACUGACAUUCUGCAAAUAAUAACAAAAAAAAAAAUAGACACAGGGGACUUCCUAGGAGAAUUUUCUGUUCUGCCCUCUACCUCUGUUGUAGCAGUUAGGCAACUGCUCACAUUUAUCAGACUCUUUAAACUCACACUAAACAGGAUGAGUUUUACUGAAUGUGAAUUAUGAAUUAUAUGUAAAUAAAUUUGGGGUUAAAAAUAAACCCCAAUAUCCUUGCA